UCCCGAAAAUAGUUCACCGAUCGCUCCAAUAGCUCCAAUGGAGCCAAUUCUUUUGCGACCAAACGACCCAGGUAGCAAUAAUGUAGACGGUUUAGGUUCCAACGGACCCUCCUCUCCUCAAGGAAACACCUAUAAUAUACCCGCUUAUGAUCGUGCAAAAUCUCUUGACAUUGAUGACAUGAUACAACGCCUCCUUAUUGCAGGUUAUUCCAAUAAAGUUUCAAAAUCCGUAUGCCUGAAAAAUGCCGAAAUGCACACCAUUUGCCAGGCUGCACGGGAAGUAUUUUUGUCACAGCCAACACUUAUCGAAUUAUCACCGCCCGUUAAGAUCGUAGGCGACGUGCACGGUCAAUACACCGAUCUCAUUCGACUAUUUGAAAUGUGUGGAUUUCCUCCAACGGCGAAUUACUUGUUUCUGGGAGACUACGUUGAUCGUGGAAAGCAGAGUCUGGAGACUAUUCUCUUAUUACUCUGCUACAAAAUUAAAUAUCCCGAGAAUUUCUUUCUGUUAAGAGGAAACCACGAAUGUGCGAAUGUGACCAGAGUAUACGGAUUUUACGAUGAAUGCAAGAGAAGAUCGAAUGUUAAAACGUGGAAAACAUUUAUUGACGUUUUUAACUGUAUCCCAAUCGCUGCGAUCGUAGCAAACAAGAUAUUUUGCGUGCAUGGUGGUUUAUCUCCCUCUCUCUCUUCCAUGGAUGAGAUCCGAGGGAUUAAACGUCCCACCGAUGUACCUGAUUAUGGACUCCUCAAUGAUCUUUUAUGGUCGGAUCCCUCGGAGACUGCAGUCGAUUGGGAGGAUAAUGAAAGGGGCGUUAGUUAUUGUUUUGGUAAAGCCAUUAUUCUUGAAUUUUUGCAACGACACGAUUUCGAUUUGGUUUGUCGCGCUCAUAUGGUGGUAGAAGAUGGCUACGAAUUUUUCAAUGAGAGGACUUUGGUAACUGUGUUUUCCGCACCAAACUAUUGCGGAGAAUUUGACAACUUUGGGGCUGUAAUGAAUGUGAAUGAGGAACUAUUAUGUAGUUUUGAACUGCUCAAACCCCUGGACACAAAACAACAUGGGAAGCAAAAGAAGCGACCAAGCAUUCUCGGCCCCAACAGUCCACCUGCCGUUGGCAUUCCUCAAUCGGUAUAA